GGCGGCGGACCGGCAGAGGUUCCGAAAUGGCUGGGCUUAUAAACUUUGAGGACGAGAAUGAGGUGAAACAGUUUUUGGACAACUUAGGAGUGGAGUACAGUUUCCAGUGCUACAAGGAGAAGGACCCUGAAGGGUGCCAGAGGCUAGCAGAUUAUUUGGAGGGCGUGAAGAAAAACUUUGACUCUGCAGCACAGGUCCUCAAACACAACUGUGAGACAAAUGGACACUCAGAGAGCUGCUACAAAAUUGGGGCUUACCAUGUCACCGGCAAAGGUGGAGUGACUGAGUGUCUAAAAACCGCCUACUCCUGCUUCAUGCGCUCCUGCAAUGCAGGAGGAAAGAAGUCCAUUGACGCCUGCCAUAAUGUCGGCCUGUUAGCGCACGACGGGCGAGCUCUGGAGGGGGGCCCUGACGUGGCGGUGGCUCAGGAGUACUACGAGAAGGCCUGCGCCGGCGGCUUUGCUCCUUCCUGCUUUAACCUCAGCGCCUUGUUCAUCGAGGGCAAUUCCAAAGGGCUGACGCCGAACAUGAGUCAAGCCUUUAGGUACGCCAACCGGGCUUGCGAGCUGGGACACGUGUGGGGGUGUGCCAACGCGAGUCGGAUGUGCAGGAUCGGGGACGGCACGGAGAAGGAUGAGACGAAAGCAGAGGAGCUGAAGAAUCGAGCGAGAGAGCUGCAUGGUUUAGAGAAGGAAAGGCAGCUAAAAUUUGGGGAGUGAUUUUUCACACACUUCUGUGACAUGAUUGUUUCAUGUUUUUUGUCCUCCAUCACAUAGUGUGUUGCUUUAGGCUGUUUGUUUGGAGUAAAACUGGAUUAUCCAAGUUAAAAGAUGGCAAUAAUGUGUCUUUCAAUGCAGCUGUUUGCCAAAUUACAGUCCGUAGAUUGUGAGAAUGUCAGAACUAUGUACAUUUAUAUGAAAUACAAAAAGUCAGUUUGAAAACAAUAAAUUAGUCACGUUGU